GAGUGCUGAAGGGUUAAAAUUGAGUGAUCUUGAAGUCAGCAGACAAUUUAAAAUUUUUGAAUUUUUUUCAAACCAAUCAGAGGCAAAAAAAAGAAAAACUAAAAAAAUGCACAUGUAGAAAAUUUAAAAAACUAAAGGUGCAAUUUUUUUAAAUAUUUUUAUUUUUAUAAUUUAUCAUUUUUUGAAAAAUUCAAAAACUAUUAGACGGCUGUUAAAUUCAGUAUCAUUAAAAUUAAAAGAAAUUUUUAGGGUGACAACAUGUCACUUAAUGAAGGUAUAAAAUUACAUGAAUCUACAAAUCCAUGGAAGCCAACUCCGCUGAAAAAUAAUGAAACUGCAGAUGAUGAAAAAACGCUGCUUUAUAAAAAAGUUCGUAGAAUUUUUAAUAAAGUAGCACCGCAGACGUUUGAUAAAUUUGUUGGACAACUAAGAGAAUUAGAAAUUGACACGCGGGAAAAAUUACAAGGUGUUGUUAAUUUAAUAUAUGAUAAAGCAAUUAAUGAUCCAAAGUUUGUAAAAUCCUAUGUCAUGAUUUGCAAGGAACUAGGACCAAUAAAUGUUGAUAUGUCAGAUAAAACUUCGUGCGACAAUUUUGAUUUUCAUCAAUUACUUACUAUUCGUUGCCAAAAAGAAUUUGAAAAAACUAAAACUGAUGGAACGAAAGAGAGGGUCAAAAAACUUGAAGAAAUUGAAAAAUGUACAGAUGAUUAUAAAAAGGAAGAACUGAAAUUGAGUCUCGAAGAACAUGAUCGUCGGAUCAAAAUGAAGUCAAUUGGAAAUAUUAAAUUUAUCGGUGAAUUAAAUAAACAAAAAAUGUUGAGUAAUAGAAUAAUGAAUAUGUGUAUAAAUGAUCUUUUAAAAACACCUGAUGAAGGGAAUUUAGAACGUUUGUGUGAAUUGUUAACGAUAAUUGGACAAACAAUGGAAGAAACGAGAGAUCUUUCACCAUACUUUAAUGUAUUAAUAAAACUGAUAAAUCGAAAUGAAAAAGAUAAAAUAAGUUCAAGAAUAAGAUUUAUGAUCCAAGAUGUUAUUGAUUUGAAACUAAAUCGCUGGGUUCCUCGUCAUAUCAUCAAUUCAAAAACUCAAAAGAAACCGUCAUAUUAUCGACCACGAAGAAAUGGUCAAAGAGCUCCGAUGGAUGAUUUUACUUUUCCGCAACCAGAAGGUCCUGUACUUACUGCAGCAAAUUAUGAUGCCAUUCGCUCAUUAUGUAAUGAAUUAUAAUUUCCGGUAUAAUAAUAAUUAAAUCUUUAUAGCAAGUUUGUCAAUCCACGAUUUGAAUUAAAAAAAAAAUUAAUUUUUUACAUAUCUUUUGAUAAAAAAUAUGUUUUUUUUUUUGUUUAAUGGAACGAGAGUUAAUUUAAUUAAAAUUUUGAUCUCAUUGCAUUAAUAUUUUUUUUUUUUUUAAUUGAACUGUUGAAAAAAAAUUUGAAAAUUGUUAAUCGUCUGCUAACUUUAGGAUCAUAAAAAAAUAUGAGCGUGAAUUCGGCUGACAUUUGGCAAUUUUUUAAAUUUUUUAAUGAAUAAAUAAAAUGUCAAAAAGACGAAAAUAAAAAAAUGCGUACUUAAAUAAUUAAAAAUCAGUACAUGUAUUUUUUAAAAUUUAAUUAUCUUAAUUAAUUUAUUUAUUUAAUUAAAAUUUAUAAAUGGUCUCAUGUCUGCUACAUUAAUACUCAUUUAAAAAACACGAUUUUUGAGUGAUAAUGAAUUUAGCCGUCUGAUAUUUUUUGAAUUUUUUUUUAAAACAAUAAAUUAUAAAAAAAAAAAAUUUGAAAAAAUUGCACCUUUAGUUUUUUCAAUUUUCUACAUGUGCAUAUUUUUAGAUUUUUUUUUUUGUAAUUAAUUGGUUGAAAAAAAAUUCAAAAAUUUAUAAUUGCCUGCUAACUUCAGGAUCAGGAUCAGGCGCUAACUUGGCGGGAAAUUUCAAAAUUGAUGUCAAUUUUUUAAAAAAUUGUUUGUGGGUGCAUUCGGAAAUACUCUAACUCUAGCCCAGCGUUGCUACAUAACGAGAGCUAAAGUAUUUUCGAAUGCACUUCAAAAUUACGAAUAAUUUCAAACACAUUUU